AUGUAUGCUGAUGAUACCAAUUUAUCGGUUACUGGAGAAACUGCAAGUGAUAUCGAAGUGAGAUUAAGUACUGAACUUGAAAAUGUUCAUGACUGGCUAACAGCGAAUAAAUUAACACUUAAUGCAAUGAAAAAGUCGUUCAGUUAUGCCGGCGUCAACAUUUAA